AUGGAGAAGGAGGUACAAGACCAACUUCAGGUUCCUGACUUGUACAGCUGGGUAGACGUGAACUUGCUGGACACAUCAACCAUCCAUGGAGACUGGGGCUGGCUCACGUAUCCGGCUCAUGGGUGGGACUCCAUCAACGAGGUGGACGAGUCUUUCCAGCCCAUCCACACGUACCAGGUGUGCAACGUCAUGAGCCCCAACCAGAACAACUGGCUGCGCACGAGCUGGGUGCCCCGGGACGGUGCCCGGCGUGUCUACGCCGAGAUCAAGUUCACCCUGCGUGACUGCAACAGCAUGCCCGGCGUGCUGGGCACCUGCAAGGAGACCUUCAACCUCUACUACCUGGAGUCGGACCGUGACCUGGGCGCCAGCACGCAGGAGAGCAAGUUCCUCAAGAUCGACACCAUUGCGGCUGACGAGAGCUUCACGGGGGCUGACCUGGGCGUGCGGCGCCUCAAGCUCAACACGGAGGUGCGCGGCGUGGGCCCCCUCAGCAAGCGCGGCUUCUAUCUGGCCUUCCAGGACAUCGGCGCGUGCCUCGCCAUCCUGUCUCUCCGCAUCUACUACAAGAAGUGCCCCACCAUGGUGCGCAACCUGGCUGCCUUCUCGGAGGCGGUGACGGGGGCCGACUCGUCCUCGCUGGUGGAGGUGCGGGGCCAGUGCGUGCGGCACUCCGAGGAGCGGGACACGCCCAAGAUGUACUGCAGCGCCGAGGGCGAGUGGCUGGUGCCCAUUGGCAAGUGCGUGUGCAGCGCUGGCUACGAGGAGCGGCGGGAUGCCUGCGUGGCCUGUGAGCUGGGCUUCUACAAGUCGGCCCCUGGGGACCAGCUCUGCGCCCGCUGCCCUCCCCACAGCCACUCUGCAGCCCCCGCUGCCCAGGCCUGCCACUGUGACCUCAGCUACUACCGUGCGGCCCUGGACCCACCGUCUGCAGCCUGCACCCGGCCGCCCUCGGCACCGGUGAACCUGAUCUCCAGCGUGAAUGGGACAUCCGUGACCCUGGAGUGGGCCCCCCCCCUGGAUCCAGGCGGCCGCAACGACAUCACCUACAACGCCGUGUGCCGCCGCUGCCCCUGGGCGUUGGGCCACUGCGAGACGUGUGGGAGUGGCACCCGCUUCGUGCCCCAGCAGACAAGCCUGGUGCGGGCCAGCCUGCUGGUGGCCAAUCUGCUGGCCCACAUGAACUACUCCUUCUGGAUCGAGGCCGUCAACGGCGUGUCCGACCUGAGCCCCGAGCCCCGCCGGGCGGCUGUUGUCAACAUCACCACGAACCAGGCAGCCCCGUCCCAGGUGGUGGUGAUCCGCCAGGAGCGGGCGGGCCAGACCAGCGUCUCCCUGCUGUGGCAGGAGCCAGAGCAACCCAAUGGCAUCAUCCUGGAGUAUGAGAUCAAGUACUACGAGAAGGACAAGGAGAUGCAGAGCUACUCCACCCUCAAGGCCGUCACCACCAGGGCCACCGUGUCGGGCCUCAAGCCGGGCACCCGCUACAUGUUCCAGGUCCGAGCCCGCACCUCUGCAGGCUGCGGCCGCUUCAGCCAGGCCAUGGAGGUGGAGACUGGGAAACCCCGGCCCCGCUAUGACACCAGGACCAUUGUCUGGAUCUGCCUGACGCUCAUCACGGGUCUGGUGGUGCUUCUGCUCCUGCUUAUCUGCAAAAAGAGGCACUGUGGCUACAGCAAGGCCUUCCAGGACUCUGACGAGAAGAUGCAGUAUCAGAACGGGCAGGCACCCCCACCUGUCUUCCUGCCCCUGCACCAUCCCCCAGGGAAGAUCCCAGAGCCCCAGUUCUAUGCAGAACCCCAUAACUAUGAGGAGCCAGGCCGGGCGGGCCGCGGUUUCACCAGAGAGAUUGAAGCCUCCAGGAUCCACAUCGAGAAAAUUAUCGGCUCUGGAGAGUCGGGAGAAGUCUGCUACGGGCGGCUGCGGGUGCCAGGGCAGCAGGACGUGCCUGUGGCCAUCAAGGCCCUCAAAGCCGGCUACACAGAGAGACAGCGGCGGGACUUUCUGAGCGAGGCAUCCAUCAUGGGUCAGUUUGACCACCCCAAUAUCAUCCGCCUUGAAGGUGUCGUCACCCGUGGCCGCCUGGCAAUGAUCGUGACUGAGUACAUGGAGAACGGCUCCCUGGAUGCCUUCCUGAGGACUCACGAUGGGCAGUUCACCAUCAUGCAGCUGGUGGGCAUGCUCAGAGGUGUGGGUGCCGGCAUGCUCUACCUCUCAGACCUGGGCUACAUCCACCGAGACCUGGCCGCCCGCAACGUGCUGGUUGACAGCAACCUGGUCUGCAAGGUGUCUGACUUCGGGCUCUCCCGGGUGCUGGAGGACGACCCCGACGCGGCCUACACCACCACGGGAGGCAAGAUCCCGAUCCGCUGGACGGCACCCGAAGCCAUCGCCUUCCGGACCUUCUCCUCGGCCAGCGAUGUGUGGAGUUUCGGUGUGGUCAUGUGGGAGGUGCUGGCCUAUGGGGAGAGGCCCUACUGGAACAUGACAAACCGUGACGUCAUCAGCUCCGUGGAGGAGGGGUACCGCCUGCCUGCGCCCAUGGGCUGCCCGCGCGCCCUGCACCAGCUCAUGCUCGAUUGCUGGCACAAGGACAGGGCCCAGCGGCCUCGCUUUUCCCAGAUUGUCAGUGUCCUCGAUGCCCUCAUCCGGAGCCCUGAGAGUCUCAGGGCCACGGCCACUGUCAACAGGUGCCCGCCCCCUGCCUUUGCCCAGAGCUGCUUUGACCUCCGUGGGGGCGGGGGCGGCGGCGGGGGCCUCACCGUCGGGGACUGGCUGGACUCCAUCCGCAUGGGCCGCUACCGGGACCACUUUGCUGCCGGCGGUUACUCCUCCCUGGGCAUGGUGCUGCGUAUGAACGCUCAGGACGUGCGUGCCCUGGGCAUCACCCUCAUGGGCCACCAGAAGAAGAUCCUGGGCAGCAUCCAGACCAUGAGGGCCCAGCUGACCAGCACCCAGGGGCCCCGUCGGCACCUCUGA